AUGAGGUCGCUUCAAGCACCAGUUGUUUGCCCUGCAAUUCGUCCAAGACAAGUAGGUGCAUGUGGUUCAUCAUUUGUAAACUACACUGGUGUGAAACCUAGGUUUCUUAGAAGCCAAUUCUGGGGUAAUCGGACAAAAGGUGUCAAGUCUCAGGUUACCACAAUCACUCUUCGUUUGCAUCCUCGAAAGACUAGUAUCAAGUGUGUUUUCAGCUCUCACUCUGAUGGUACCGGAAGCACCGCAGAGAAUUUCAACGAAAACGAUGAGGAAUAUGUUAACUCUAGUGUUGUGGAAGCUGUUGAGGUAAGAAGCGGAGCUGAUGGUUUCAUGGUGAAGAUGAGAGAUGGUAGGCAAUUACGAUGUGUUCAUAACAAUCCUCAAGGAGGGCAUUUACCAGAUUAUGCUCCACAUCCUGCAAUUGUGUUGAAAAUGGAAGAUGGAACUGGUCUUCUCCUUCCUAUUAUCGUGUUGGAGAUGCCUAGUGUGUUACUUAUGGCAGCAAUGACCAAUGUCCAAAUUGCAAGACCCACCAUGUAUCAAGUGGUGAAGGAAAUGGUGGACAAGAUGGGUUACGAAGUUAGACUUGUUAGAGUCACCAAAAGAGUUCACGAGGCGUAUUUUGCCCAGUUAUACCUCUCAAAGGUGGGUAAUCCCUCGGAUUGUAUCAGCUUCGACCUUCGGCCUUCUGAUGCAAUUAAUAUAGCUGUUAGAUGCAAGGUACCUAUCCAAGUGAACAAGUACCUUGCAUAUAGUGAUGGAAUGAGAGUCAUCGAGUCAGGGAAGCUAUCAACACCUACACCUGCUUCAGAUGGUUUAUUAUUUACUGAACAAGACCGACCAAAUGGUCAGGCUUGUCUUGAUACGAAAGAGUUCAAUAUAUUGAGCAACAUGAUGCAAGCUGUUAACGAAGAGCGAUAUGAUGAAGCCGCUGAGUGGAGAGACAAGCUUGGGCAGUUUCGGGCCAAACGUAACCUGAAGAAAUACACAUGA